UCCUCGCUUUCGGAGUGCUUAUAUAGGCUAGGUGACGGCCAUACCUCUCUCUCUCCCCGACGCUGAUGCAAUGGCACAAGGUAGCAGAUUGUCAAACUGCGGGCGAGUAGCCGCGGAGGGGACAUAAACCCAAUAAUCGGUGCCACAGGGCCAACUACCAGUGCGGCUCCAGAACAGCAAUCUGACACGGGCAUACAUGCGCACUGCAGUUUAUAGUCAAUUCGAGUCUCCUCCGUAGGAGCCACACGCAGCAGUGACUAUUCCGACCUCAGCCUUCUCCAGGUCCUGUUUCCGUCGCAGCCUUUUCCACCCGAUUUUGGACCAAAACAUUGCCGCUGCGUCAGACUCUAACUUCGUCAGGCCCCAUCGCUCGGAUCCAGCGGAAGCCUGGUGUGUCAAGUGAAGGAGCCAGGCCAAACACAUGAAGUAAGACAGGAGGAAGCUAGAGGAAGAGGUGACACGUACAGACGAGGGGGGACCAGCAGGGGGCUAGGAGUGGAGCGGAAGGCGACACAGUCACGAGCGAGCAAGAGGUGGAGCCCCUAGCAGGACAGAGCUGGAACAACAGCAAGGGGCGUCGGUCAUGCUCUAGCACACGGAGAGGAGGCUGAACCAGAGAUACACUGCCCCAAAAACAUCCCUCCCACUGCCCCUGCACUGCGGUGCCAGUGAGGAUGCCCAGGCGGCUAUUGUGACGGGUCGCGACGGUGUGUGUAGGUGGGCAGGCUGAGCUACGAUGCGGCCCUGGGCGGGCUCCUGGCGCUGGGUUACCCUGGUACUGCUGGCGUGGGGCACGCUGCUAUUCUACAUCGGGGGCCACCUGGUGAGAGACAGUGAGCACCCAGAGAGAUCCAGCAGAGAGCUAUCCAAGAUCCUUGCCAAGCUGGAGCGCCUCAAGCAGCAGAACGAGGACCUGCGACGCAUGGCUGAGUCCCUCAGGAUACCUGAGGGCCAGGUAGAAGAGGGGAGGGCCUGGCUGUGGGGAGACUACGCUCCCUGGAGGACCAGCUGACCAGAGCCAAGCAGAAGAUACACAGC